CGGAUGUGACGUCAGCACGCAGCUCUCCCGCACCCGAAGCGUGUCCCGAAUGUGACACGAGUGCUUCGGUCACUUCCGACUUGCACAAAUAUCAAGUGGCAUGCACAUGCAAACCGGCAUCCGUGCAAUACGCAUGCGCAGACGAGCCGGGCCCCCCACCGCCAGCCAAGACUGACACCCCUCCCGCACUGCCGCCGCGCCCCCCGGCGUCCUUGCUCGCCACUAAUCGACGGAAUAAUGCAUCAGUGGGAUGCAACAAUGACACAACCUGCCGUCGUCGAAAGUAUGCUUGGUGGUGCGUCGGCUGUGGAGCUCUGGCCGCUGCCCUGGGAGGGCUGCUGGCCGCGCAGCAUAUACUGCUCAGGGCGUACACUGCCAGCCCGCACCAUUUGGAGACCGUACCUGCUGCCGUUCCUGCAGCUAUGCUGGUCCUUACCGGAGUAUGCAUCAUGAGUCUGGCCAGAAGACGGAACCGAUACAGCUAUAUGGUAAGAAAAAUCAAAGUGGUUGGCGCAUGUUGCCUGGUAUGCGCAUUGACAUGCGUACUGGUUACCAUUACAACUACUGUCAUUCAUAUGAACAAAUUACAAACACUAAAGUUUUGCGAGUAUACAAAGCUGACGAGGACCUGCACCUGUUUCUCCAUGCCGCCUGACACGCAGCACAGCGGAGAGGACGAGGGUAUGACAUUUUUUUAUUUAUUUCAUAAAAUUACACAUCAGUGA